UUGGAUAAACACGCGGAAGUGCGAGUAGCACUUUGCUAACAACAACACUGACUUGUAGACUGAUGCAUUUUUGCUUGUUGGACCGGAUUUAAGAGACUCUAAUGGCGUUACCGGCUCCGCUCAAAGCCAUCCAGCACCACCUGAGGACGGCGCAGGAGCAUGAGAAACGGGACCCGGUGGUGGCGUACUACUGUCGGCUCUAUGCCAUGCAGACGGGCAUGAAGCUGGACAGUAAAACCCCGGAGUGCCGAAAGUUCCUGGUCAAACUCAUGGACCAGCUGGAGUCGAUGAAGAAGGAGCUGGGCGACAACGACUCCAUCAACCAGGAGGUGGUCGGGAAUGCCCACAUUGAAAACUACGCCUUAAAAAUGUUCCUUUACGCCGACAACGAGGACAGACAAGGACGCUUCCACAAGAACAUGAUCAAGUCUUUCUACACAGCCAGUCUGCUGCUGGAUGUCCUGUCUGUGUUUGGGGAGCUGUCAGAGGAGAACAUCCAGCACAGGAAGUACGCCCGCUGGAAGGCCACCUACAUCCACAACUGUCUGAAGAACGGCGAGACGCCUCAGGCCGGACCCAUCGGCAUGGACGAGGACGGGGAAGCAGAUGAGUUCGGAGCCGAAGGAUUCUCGGGUCAAGGCCCGUCGUACAGCGGCUCCUUCAGAGGCGGCCCCCCUUCGCAGACGUACGACGACCAGGACCAGAGUCUGGGCCCGGGUCCGUCCGCGGGGAUCGGCUUCACUCCCAGCGUGGCACCGGGACCGUCGGGUCCCCCGACCACCAACUACAACAACAUCCACAUCCCGCCAGGCGCCCACGCUCCGGCCAACACGCCGGCCGAGCUGCCGCCUCCCACAGCAGAACCUGUUAAACCAGUGCCUAUGCCUCGGUCAGUGCCCUCUGUCGACCCCACACUGCUCAACGCUCAACCGCAGGGAGGCGUCCAGCUCUCCCCCGAAGACUUCACCAAGGCCCAGAAGUUCUGCAAGUACGCCGGCAGCGCCCUGCAGUACGAGGACGUGGGCACGGCCAUCCAGAACCUCCAGAAGGCCCUGAAGCUCCUCACCACCGGCAAAGAAUGAAGCCUUUGUCCCGUUAGCCCACCUCCUCCUCCUCCUCCUCCUCCUCUUCCUCCUCCUCCUCCUCCUUCUGCUUCUACGACUUCAGUCUUCUUCCUCUCAUCUCCCCCAACCAGCAGCGUCACCCUAUCUCUCACUGAUCUGAACACACACACACACACACUGAGGCCGUUGAGCUGGCUGUCACACGAGGACACGAUGGAAAUCGGCGGUCGACAAUGGCGGUCUGUGUCCGACGCCUCGACCGGCCGACCGGCAGCGGGAGCAAGCCGACUGCCAAUCGGCCGCGCUCGUCGCAGAUUAAAGCUCCACCGCCGCCGCCGCCGCCGUCAGGUCUGUACGUCAGUCACUCUCCGUGCUCAGCUCCACCCGUGACGGGGAAGUGGGGAAGAGUGACUCCAAAACCCAGAAAAACAGUCAGCUGACAUUUUCCAAACUUACAAGUUGAUUUUUUUUUUUUUUUUGUGACUAUCGAUCAAUUUCAAUCAGUUUCAAUCCAUAAAACUGAAAGAUCUUCACUACAAUGGAGCAGAAAUGUUCAGUUAAUCCACAGAUGUGAAGCGGAAACCUCUAAAGCGUGACUCUUUCAGCUCCUCGGGUGUUAAAAUGUGAUGUUUUGACAUGAACUCGGUACCAGUGCUGGAAAUCUGCUCAUCAUGAGCUCCAGAGUCGAUUCUGUCCUGUUGGUCAGACGGUUGAAUUGACCUGGAACAUCCGUCUGUAGGAUAAAUGACAGUUAUCGCUCUUCUUCCUGCACGUCUCAAUCAAGGUUUAUUUGGUUGAUAUGCAUGCGUGUGGUGUAUUUCCACCUCGGAGUGCAUUUGAUCCAAUAUUUAGAGAAGAAGCUCAACUGAUCUCGGUCUGAAUGAUGGGAUUCCUCCAUCGUCUUUCAAGUUUAAGGUUUCUCUGCUCGAUGUUCAGCAGCUGGGAGUCUUUUCUGAAGCCCGAACAAAUUCAUUACCUCAUUCCUUCAUUUUUCUAUAAUGCAAAACUAAAGUAAAACCACUUUCUUAGUUGUUUUUUCUUUGUCACAUGAUCAGUUUUCUAAAGAUGAUUCCAUCCAGAAUGUACUGCAGUGUCUUUUACCUGUCGGUGUGUUUCCACGGGUCCGGGUUCAAAGGUCAGCGCCGCCUCUCUGAGCUGCACUGGUUUCUUUGUAGACAUAUCGAGGUGUUGGGGCUCCGCUCAUCUUCAGUUGUUUAACUUUUAGAGGGGUUUGGUUUGGUUUGUUUUUUUUCUCUGAGAUGCACCGAGUUUCCGAAUCUGUCGGAUUUGAGUCCGAUUUGAAAUAAAAAUGUCUGAAACGA